GUCUAGUAGGCACAAUCAUCAAUUCAAAUACCAUUGAUAUUUCCUGUUGUCCUGUGAUUCCAGUCAUAAGCCUCUCGUUGUUUCUAAUGUCGCCGAUUGCCACUACCCUUUUUAGCCGAGCGGCUCCAGUGCUGCGUUCCUCCGUAUCCCAAUCAGCUCGAUCACCAUGCCUGCGCAGAGGUCUUGCCCACGAAACGAGCUUCGCGAAGCCGUUGAAGCUGAAGGGUGUUCUCGAAACGUUUAAGCAAUUCAUGGUCACGCCCAGUGUAGGCACGGAGUUCCCGGAGGCCAAUCUCGUUGAAAUGCUCAAAGCGCCCAACUCAGACGAACUGCUCAGAGACUUGGCAAUCACCAUAUCUCGACGCGGCGUGGUGUUCUUCCGCAAUCAGAGCGACAUGAACAACGAUCUUCAAAAGACACUAAUUCAACGCAUGGGUGAGCUGGUAGGCAAGCCAAAGGAAUCUACACUGCACAUUCACCCUGUACUCAACCCUCAGAGACAAAUGGGGGGCGACGAUCUCCACAUCAGCACUAUCAACUCUCGCCAACGUAAGAUGGUCAAUGGUAAGGCUAUACCGCGUGACAUAGGAAGCGAUAGACAAGCACUCGAGUCUUGGCACAGUGAUAUUCAGUCUGAACAAGUACCUUCGGAUUACACAUGCCUACGCCUUGUGGAACUGCCCUCCGUUGGAGGAGACACCUUGUGGGCAUCUGGCUACGAAAUAUAUGACCGCCUCAGCGAGCCAAUGCGAAAGUUCCUUGAACAACAUACUGCAACUUACACCGCACCAUUUUUUGAGAAAAUCAUCCAAAAGGCCAAAAUCCAGGUAUACUCGGACGCACGUGGUCAUCCUGAUAACACUGGUACUCCAUUGAAGGCAGUACACCCUGUCGUUCGAACGAACCCUGUAACUGGAUGGAAGAGUGUUUUUGCCAUUGGCGCAUAUCCUGGUGCAAUCAACGGUCUGACUCCUACAGAGAGUGAGAUGAUUCUAGACUGGCUGAUGAACAUGGUACUCCGAAACCAUGACUUGCAAUGCCGCUUCAGGUGGCAGGGUCCAAAUGACAUGGCUAUCUGGGACAACCGCAGCAUGGUGCACAACGCGACUAUGGACUAUGACGAUUUUGGUGAGCGGUUCGGAUAUCGCGUAUGCGGUAUUGGGGAGAAACCUUAUUUGGACCCCAAUAGCAAGUCGAUGCGCGAAGGGUUAGCGGAAGAGGCUCAGGGAGACACUGCCUGAAGCUCGAAGAUAUACCGGUAAUCUGGCGAUGGUGUACUUCUGAACUUUUCCUGAUAUACUGCACAAAAGCUCUUGUUGUCUCCAAGCCAAACCAACUAUCCAGGAGAUAGGAAUUAUGUUAAUCUUCGUAUAAGAAACUGUCAGGAAGAUGUGAAUUUGUGAUGUAUAACUUACUUAGUAGUGCGCUGACUCUAUGGUUAGUGUCACCUAUAAAGCAAAAUUAAGGAUGACUGGAA